AUGCAGACUUCAAAGUUAUCUUUUUUCAGCUAUGCUGAAUUGAACUUAUUGUGUGAGCAAGCAUUAAUUUUGCAGCUGACACCUUUAUUACGGAUUUUAGAUAAUUUGAAGGAGGAGAAAUAUAACUUACGUGUGCAGCCUGCAGAUAUACCAGUAGCUGAAGGAACAUCUCUGAAUUACUGGAGAACACAAAAGUGUACUAGCAAGCCACCAGAGAUUCCUCCUAACAGUCCAGCAUUCACAGAUAAAUGGUUACAUGAAAGAGCUCCCCUAGGGCUAGUGGAUACACCUUUACUAGAUACAGAAGAUGAAGUGAAUUACUGUUUUUUGCCACUAGAUUUGGUGGCAAAAUAUCCUGUACUAGUUAAUGACAACAAUUUGCUGUGGCUGCUUGAGAACGCAGCCCUGAUUGAGUGCAAGUGCAGUGAGUUCCGCUUCAUAGUUAAUUUUCUUUGCUCAGAGAAGAUGUUGUUGCCUUAUGACUUCUCCAACAUAGAUGCCUUGGAGGAAGAAGCUUUAAUUCUGGGAAUUCCUGAGCUUAUAGAUGCUGUGAAGAUCUAUAGAGGUAGUAGAAACUGCUCCGUGGGGGCUGGGGGUGACGGGGGUGCAGUGGCAGGGGAGUCCCCACCACGGUGCCCGCUCUACACCAUGGUGCUGGGGCUGCUGGCCAACUACUUGGAUUCGGCACUGGGACAGCUCUGCAUGGGCAGCGACCUGGGCCGGAGCCGCCUGCACCUCUCUGGUGACAGCAUUCUCUUCCAGCAUGCCAGGAAUUGGCUGGGAACUUGCCGACUUCCUCUCUCUGAAAAUAUUUCUGAAAUCAAAGACCUCUGUGCUUAUUUGGACAAAAGGGACGCCACAUACGAGCCAAUGAAAGAUGCUUUAAAAUGCUCUCUGAAACAACAGAUACCAUCAGGGAGCAGAGAUUAUAAUGCAGACUGGACAGCAGAAGUAUCUGUAUGCUCACUCCAUCAGAUUGUGAAAUUUUAUGUAGGAAGUAACUGGUAUGAGACUUGCUUACAGACUUUAGUGAAGUACCCAGAGCUGUUGUCAAAUGACAAGAAAGUCUGUUGGAUCACAUAUGGUCAAAAUCUUCUAAUCCAUGGAGAUGGGCAAAUGUUUCGACACGUUCUCAACUUUCUAAGACUUGGGAAAUUGUUUUUGCCAGCUGAAUUUAAAGAAUGGCCUCUCUUUUGUCAAGAAGCAGAGGAGUACCAGAUCCCUUCUCUUUUAGAGGCACUUUAUCACUCUGAUGCAUACAGAUUAUGGAUCCAAACCAAUGAAUUGUGCAAUAAAGUUUCUUUUCCUUGUAGAAGAUCAAGUACUGUGUCUUGGAACGAAGAGAAUGAGUUCAGCAAAGACCCAAAAGAAGUGUACUCAUCUACAGCUGUGGAUUCCAGUAAAUGCUAUAUUAACAUAUGGAGUAAUAUAAAAGAUCUGAAGGGAAAGCAAGAGACCAGUGGGGCAAAGUAUUCCAAAAUUAUUUUGUGGGCUAAAGGGACAAAGCAGAGGAAUACACUUGGAGGAUGCAACGACUCCUCAGACAGCUUGGUAAACUCCAGCUAUUACAAACAUUUGGUAAGCCCUCCAAGGAAGAGAGGAAUGAGAAGCACUUUGACAAAGAAAGUGGAAAGUAAAGACUCGGCAAGUCACAUCCAGAAAUUAAUUUCCUUGGUAAAGGAAUGGGAUGUGGUGAACUGCAAGAGGUGUGAUUUUCAGCACGUGAGAACCUCUGACAGUUGUAUCACAGAGAAUGUCUCUCAGUGCAACACUCCUGAAAAGGACAGGGGUGUCAAAGCUCUUGUUGCCUCUGCUCCUGUGAAAACAAGCUAUACAAUUCAAGGAAACAAUCUCAUUACCCAAUACGAAUUCAGGGCUGAAGGAAAGCAGCCAGAGCAAUAUGUUUCACACAGUUUGCCAGUUACUCCAAGCGCUGGAACGAAUCAGUUCAGCACCAUGAAAACUACUCCCACAGUAGGAAAUGAUGCAGAGAAUACAAACAAGGAGCAACCAGAAGAAAGUGUUUCCAGUGAAGGAAGAGACAAGACCUUGCAAAUGAAGCUCAUCCCUCUAAAAGACAAAACAAGGGACAGCUAACAAACCGAUAUCAUUCUGGCAGACCACAGAAAUGUAGGAUUGAUUCUCAAAGUCGAACAGCCUCCGGUUUUAGACAAUGAUGGUUUUUGCAUAAGCAAUGAAGAGAGUGUUGUUUUUACAGCACUCUGGGAUGGCAGCCAGCUGGACACUCGAAAAGCUCAGGCACUAUCCAAAGAUAUAGUUUUUCUUACCUUUGCUCACUUUCGUGAGGAGAUAUUCUAUGCCAGGAAGUGCCACUUUUUCCUGACUGAUGUAAGGCUGAAGGAUCCCAAAGAAAUCACAGCCAAAGUCGGGACCCUCAUGAACAGGCUUUGGACCCAGCAGAUCAUGCCCAGGAAGUUUGUUGCCGAUUUACUGGACACGGAGUAUUUUCAAGGGGACAGAAACGUUCACGAAGAGCUACUUCAGUGGGUGGAAUUUACCCCACCCUUCACGUGGAAGUACAGCCGCUGCCUUGACUUACUGAUCUGGAGAGGGUUUGCUAGACUGGUCUCAUAUUUUGCCUUGCAAAUGUAA